GUGCCUGCAUCUCAAGUAAAGGAAACUCCCUCUUCCUUUCAUAUUUUUGACAAUUCGCUAACUUGUUAUAACGAACGGAACACCUCCUUAAACCAUCCCUAUAAAUUGCUAGCUAGCAAAAACCUCUCCAGAGUCCAGUCACCUCACAAACAAAGACAAGUUUUCUAAUUUGCAUUUUAGACAAGACAGAGAUAUGUCAUUGGUAAGAGAAUCGCGCUCUAUUACUAGAAAAUUUUUAGCAAGGCCUCAGCAGGAAGGUCUUGGUGCUGUUGUUAGAAGAAGCAUUGGAAGGUUUGAGUUGAGAUACUUUGAUCCUUUCCUUGUUUUGGAUGAAUUCUCAGUUUCUGCACCAGCUGGUUUUCCUGAUCAUCCACACAGAGGCUUUGAAACAGUCACCUACAUGUUGCAGGGAGCUGUGACGCAUGAAGAUUUUGAGGGGCGAAAAGGUAGAAUAGAAGCAGGUGAUUUGCAGUGGAUGACUGCUGGAAAGGGAGUUGUUCAUUCAGAAAUGCCUGCACCUCACGGAACUCAAAAGGGUUUACAAUUGUGGAUUAAUCUCUCCUCCCAGCACAAAAUGAUAGAGCCAAGGUAUCAAGAGAUAUCAAGCGAGAACAUAGCAGAAGCUGCAAGAGAUGGGAUAAAAGUGAGAGUUAUAGCAGGGGAAGCAUUAGGAGUGAAAUCAGCUAUAUACACAAGAACUCCAACAAUGUAUUUGGAUUUCACUCUAAAACCAGGAUCCCAUCUUCAACAACCAAUUCCUAAAUCAUAUAACGCAUUUGUAUAUAUCUUAGAAGGUGAAGGUACUUUUGGCCAAGAUUCAACAACUUCACCUAUAUCUGCACAUUAUUUGCUGCUUCUAAGUGGAUUUGGUGAUGGACUUGUGGCAUGGAAUAAGGGCUCAAAAAUACUAAGGUUUAUAUUAGUAGGUGGAGAACCAUUGGGUGAACCAGUAGCACAAUUGGGACCUUUUGUGAUGAAUACACAAGAAGAAAUUGACCAAACGAUUGAAGAUUUUGAGAAUUAUACUAAUGGUUUUGAGAAAGCUAAGGACUGGAGAUCUGAAGCCAGAAUUGAACUUGGUUAUUAAUUACUACUAGUAGUACACACUACUUUUUAUCGUUCAUUCUUUUGUUUGUUGUUAUCUUCUUUUCCUUGUUUUCAUGCAUAUCUUUAGGUAUAAACAAAGUUCUUUUGACAUGAGAGGGAAACAGAUGGUGUCAUGUUGCCUAUGUUUCCAAAUGAAGAACCCCAUGUUUUUUGUGCUAAUAAUUAUGCUCAUAUUUGCAUGUCCCCGAUGAACAAUAAUGCUUAUAGAAAGAAUUACCUAA